GUGUUACACUCGAUCGUUGCUUACCUACACACAUACAUUCUAUCCAUGACAGGCCGGUUUCAUGCCGUCGUCUAUUGGAUUAUGCUUAUUUCCCUAAUGAUACAUAGUACAGACGUCAACCCGCUGGUCGAUAGUAUUGACUGGCUGUCUGGGUGCGUACAACUCCAGCUGCGUACAGCAGUUGGCCGAGGCGGUUCUGUUGCAACGGGAUGUCUAUCAGGUAUCUCUUCCACGGCUAGGGUUGCCGACAGGGUAGGACAACUGCCACUGUCAUAAGCACCUAAAUACGGAGUACUGUUUUCAAUGAUAACAACUGAUAGGUAGGAGUAUUGUUGGGUCGGUUGGGCGAUAAGUUGCGGAAUGAAAAGACCACUUAUCGGACUAUAACAUCAAUCGUGUUAUCAUCCCGGUAACGUUGGAUUAUCUAUCUAUGGAGAUGCUUAGGGAAGGGCUUCGGCAAUCGCUAUAUCUGGAAACGGGAGUGUGCUGAGUCUUAGUCAUGCCGAUGUGAGAAAAAGCAGAAAAAGUUGCCGGGCUGGAGUAAGAAUGCGGAACAAGAUUAUGAAUCCAACAUAAAAGUAAGAAGGCAGGGUCAGCGGACUCCGGCUACCAUGGACCUGGCCAGCGGAAAGGGAUUCAUUCGCCUCCUUUAGGACCGGGUGGUGAAUAAUAAUGAAUAAUGAGCAAAUGGAGAGACAGAGAGAGAGGCGAAAAAUGGGGGAUGUGGAAAGGCACUGGAA